AUGGCAACGCUAGGCCCCGCGGUCUCCUCCCUACGAUCUUCCCUGUCGCUACUUGAAUCAAGCAUAUCCAUCCUCGACGAAGGCGUGUCCGAUUUCCCUCGAUUGUGCAAGGUCUUGCAGACACAGCAACACUUUGAGUUGCUUCCAGAACCCACGCUACGAGAAGCGCAGCAGUCUCUCGAUGACGAGAUCGUUCCGGCUAUAAACCAGCUGCUAUUCAUUGCAGAAAACCAUAUCAAUCAACUCGCCAGAAGAGAAGAGAGCUUGAAAGCCCGUUCUGAACUGUUGGAAGGACGAUUGGACAAGAACAGGAGAAAUUCGAGUUUUGGUGGCAAUGCGCGCCCAUUACAAAAUGUCAGAUCAACACAACCGGCAGCCCUGAGCGACUCCAGAAUGUUGGAGAUGAAACGACUGCAGCAGAAAAAGGAAAGACUGCAAUAUGCAAUCGAAAGAUUGGAACUACAAACCAGGCAGAGAGAAAGAGAGCUGCGAAAGAGCAUGGCUUUCGUGAGAGAUUGA